CGCGCAGGAAGUGACGUAGAAAAACAAGCAGGCACGUGGAGGUGGAAGUUGCCUGGUGAUGCAGAGAGAUGGUCAAAGAAGAUAGACUAACCGUCCUUAUGAGCAAUAAAUAUUGAGAGAUAAACCCAUUUAAUUUAAAACUUUAAAUUCUACCGUGUUGCAUUGGGAAAUCUUUGGCGGAUAAAUCUGAUGUGUUAGCUUGAAAGAAAGAGGAGGCAAACUAAAAGAAGCUUUUCCAUUUAUUGAACUUAAUGGCUUCAGACACUUGUUUGCAUCGAUGGGAUUUAUUUGCCUUUUGGAUUUACAUCCUCGUAGGAAGACAAUAAAAGACAUUCAAUUAGAACAUAUGAAAACUAAAAGGGCGCUUUAAACCCCAACAAACGCCGGAAAACGCACCCCGCAUCCACUAUCCGAUUCCCACAACAUAUGAAGAAGUGUUUGCUUAUGACGGGGACACAUACAGUACAUACUGUCUUCUUCCAGCACCUUUGCAUGGUGCUGUGAGUUUCUGGCCGGAGACAGCCUGAUGCUGCGCAGCCAGGGCAUGCUGAAAAGCCGCUGUUGCGUCCUGCUCGGUGACCUGAGGGUGCUCCUGCUCGGGCCACCGGCACCGCCGACACCGCUGCCACCGCUGACCUCCAUGAGCGGCCAAGCUACGGAAAGCCAUGAGACAGGCGUCACCGUCCCCGACAACAACAACACGCUAACGCGGAGCCACCAGCAUGCAGAGGACCGGACCGCCUUACCUGCGGCGGGAGCCAAUGGGCCACCGGGCGGAGAGCGACCGGUGGCGGGCUGGGUUGAUGCUGCAGAGCUGUCGGCGGCCCUGCGCGGCUGCAGCAGCUCCUCUGAUGAGUGCUCAAAGGGCAAACUGGAGGAGAGGUUCUCCCUGACCAGCUACACGGAAAGUGGCUUUAGGACGCCUGUGUGCAGGAUCUGCUUCCAGGGACCAGAACAUGGGGAGCUCCUGAGUCCAUGCCGGUGCAGUGGGUCAGUACGCUGCACCCACCAGCCCUGCCUCAUCAAAUGGAUCAGUGAGAGAGGGUCCUGGGCCUGUGAGCUCUGUUACUACAAAUAUCAGGUCAUUGCCAUCAGCACCAAGAACCCACUACAGUGGCAGGCCAUCUCCCUGACAGUAAUAGAGAAAGUGCAGAUAGCAGCAGCCAUCUUAGGCUCCCUGUUCCUGAUGGCAAGUAUCUCCUGGCUGGUGUGGUCGUCUUUCAGCCCGUCAGCUCGCUGGCAGCGACAAGAUCUGCUUUUCCAGAUAUGCUACGGCAUGUACGGCUUCAUGGAUGUCGUCUGCAUCGCACUAAUUGUCCAUGAGGGACCUUCUGUGUUUCGUAUUUUCCACCGCUGGCAGGCCGUGAACCAGCAGUGGAAGGUCCUGAACUAUGAUAAGUCUAUGGACAGCGAUGACCUGAAGGAUGCCACUGUGGACAGGACUCUGUCUCAACCCAGCCAGGGCUAUCAGACUGGGGUAGGAGUGUCCACCUCCACCUCCUCGCUGGUGGUGGUAGCCUCCACAGCUGCCGGCUCCACUUCUACAACUGUGGUCAUGGCCACAGGAGGACUGGGAUCACAUGUGGACCCCAACAGCGGCAGCGCAGUGCCAGACCAACACUGUCCCUACAACAUCCUCCACCUCCUCAGCCACCUGAGGCAGCCAGAGACACGCAGCCAACCCAGCAAUAGCACACGAGAGCUGGUCAUGCGAGUCACUACGGUCUGAGGAGUAAGUUGAGGCCUUAUCUCACAUGUAGGGGAAACAUUUAUGAACCAGCUGACAGUUGAAAAAAAGUCUUAUCUUAACUGCACUGGAUUAAUACCAUGCUCUUGUUUGUUUUAAAAUGCAUCUCUGAUGUCUAU